UCAUCACCACCACCUACGCCGGCUCUCGGCUCUUGCUCUUUCUCUUUCUCUGUCUCUGUCUCUGUCUCUGUCUCAUCGAGUUCGUUUGAAGCGGAUAUGGAGUACGUUAAUCCUGAAGGUCUUCGGUUAGAUGGUCGUCGUCCGAUGGAGAUGAGGCAGCUUCGUGCAGAAAUAGGCGUGGUUUCAAAAGCUGACGGCUCGGCUGUUUUCGAAAUGGGAAACACCAAAGUUAUUGCUGCAGUUUACGGCCCCAGAGAGGUCCAGAAUAGGAGUCAACAAAGUAAUGAUCAGGCACUGGUACGCUGUGAGUACAGUAUGGCUAAUUUCAGUACUGGAGACCGCAGGAGGAAACCAAAAGGUGACAGGCGAUCCACAGAGAUAUCAUUAGUCAUUCGGCAGACAAUGGAAGCAUGUAUCUUGACACACCUGAUGCCUCGUUCUCAGAUAGACAUUUUUGUCCAAGUUCUCCAAGCAGAUGGAGGAACAAGAUCAGCAUGCAUAAAUGCGGCGACUUUGGCCCUUGCUGAUGCUGGUAUUCCAAUGUGUGAUCUUGUUACCUCCUGCAGUGCUGGAUACCUGAAUGGAACCCCUCUGCUUGAUCUAAACUAUGUCGAAGAUAGUGCUGGUGGGCCUGAUGUCACUGUCGGUAUUCUACCUAAGUUGGACAAAGUAACCCUCCUUCAGAUGGAUUCUAAACUACAAAUGGAUACUUUUGAAAAUGUCAUGCAACUAGCAAUAGAAGGCUGCAAAGCUGUGGCAAGUUACAUUCGAGAAAUAUUACUGGAGAACACCAAGCAGUUGGAGUCUCGCAGGGGUGUAAAAUAAUGCUGCCAGAGUCUACUAAGUUCUUAAACAGUAGCAUUGAAAUGGGUUGUAAGACUGGUGAUGCACACAAGGGAAGUUACAUGAAAUCGCUUCUACAAGUUAAAUGCUGGAUAGCGGGAGUAAUGAUGAUGUGUUAAGAUAUGGUUGUUCAUAUUUUCCAUAUUAAUUGAAUGCAGUUUUGUAGAUUGAGACACCACUAGUGGUCCUGUUUGGUCUAGAUAUUCGAAUAUACAUUGUGAUUGCUUGUAUUCAUGUUAGAAAAUUAUAACUGUAAUGGUUUGGCAAAACUGUUGGGAGUUAGUUUUCAUGAUGGUAUAUGCCAAAACAUAGAGCAAUUUCAUGUA